AUGCGCAGAGCGAGGCGCGAAGCCGCGAGGGACGGGCCGGGCACUGAGGGCAGCACUGCGCGUGCGCUGAGUGUGCGGCGCGUGCGCGCUGAGCCGGGCGAGGAGCUGGCGCACGCGCAGAGCGCCCCCGGCGGGAGGGCAGGAGGAACCAUGGCGGCGCUGUGGGAAGCGCUGAGGGCGGCGAUGGCCGCGGUGCUGCUGCUGGGCUGGGGCGCGCACGGGCUCUACUUCCACAUCGGAGAGACCGAGAAGCGCUGCUUCAUCGAGGAGAUCCCCGACGAGACCAUGGUCAUCGGUGCGGGCGGCGGCGGGGAGAGCCGGGAAUGGCGGGGGCCGUGAGGGGGGAACGGGAGAGACCAUUCCUGGGCAUCCCUUGGGCACGGGGAGGGAUUAUUGGGCAUCCCCUGGGCAUGGGGAGGGGUGGUGAUGUCGCGGCAGUACGGCUCCGAGGGGCGCUUCACCUUCACGUCGCACACGCCGGGCGAGCACCAGAUCUGCCUGCACUCCAACUCCACCCGCAUGGCGCUGUUCGCCGGGGGCAAGCUGCGGGUGCACCUGGACAUCCAGGUGGGCGAGCACACCAACAACUACCCCGAGAUCGCUGCCCGGGACAAGCUGACGGAGCUGCAGCUGCGCGCGCGCCAGCUGCUGGAGCAGGUGGAGCAGAUCCAGAAGGAGCAGAACUACCAGAGGUACCGCGAGGAGCGGUUCCGCAUGACCAGCGAGAGCACCAACCAGCGCGUGCUCUGGUGGUCCAUCGCCCAGACCGUCAUCCUCAUCCUCACCGGCCUCUGGCAGAUGCGGCACCUCAAGAGCUUCUUCGAGGCCAAGAAAUUGGUGUAGCCCCCCAAAACCCCCUCGGGGGGCACCCCAAAACCCGCCCUCAGCCCCGUGAUGGGGGACCCCACCCAGCCUGGGGUGCUGGGGAGGGACCCCAGGGGCUCCCCCAAACCCAUCCCACCCACCCCUGGGUGCUGUGGAGGGAUCCUGGCUCCCUUCUGGGACCCCCAGGGCUCCCCCAAACCCAUCCCACCCACCCUGGGGUGCUGGGGAGAGCCCCCCACUCCCUUGUGGGACCCCAAACCCAUCCCGGGGCGCUCGCUGCGGGUUUGGGGUGCCCUGCCUGCCAUGGGGGAGAGCAGAGAAGCACCACUCCACAAGGUGGUUUUUUUGGGGGGGAAAUAAAGGUUUUUUGGUUCCACCAA